CGACGAAAGAGAGUCCUACAUUUUGACAAGUCUUUUCUCAUCCAGCCCGCCUCCGUCGUCCGACAGGGGAGGGGGGAUGGUGAGGAGGAGGAGGACUGAGGGCAUACCGGCGCGUCCUCUGGGCGGUGUUUGAAGGUGAAGGGAAAAAAUGCACCACCUCUUUUCACGAACUAGCGACAGUGUGCAGUUUGAGCAUAGUGUACAUACUCCAUAACGUUUUUUUUUGUGUUGUGGUCGUUGAGUCGUCGACUGCAACACAGCGUAUUUUCCCGCCGGAGUGACAGACUCAGCAGAGUUGCUUCGUCUUCUUCAUAGGCGAGCCCGCAAGAACACGUAUUUCUUUAUCUCCGCUGCCAUUGCACGGCGGGAGUCGUCCCGAAAAAUACCCGAGAGAUGCUGCUGAUUUCGUGAAGUUUGCAGUACGAUUUGCGGGGAGUGAAGAAGCUCAGUCGCUGUUCUUCGUCAAAGCAGCGUUUUCCAUUGCGGGCUGAGCACACUCACUAUCUUCCUUGAGUUGAUAGAGAGAGGCCGGUUUGUCUCUUUUUCCUUCCUAGAGUCCAAAAUGGGGAGCUCGGGCUUUCGAGCUGUGAAAAGGGAAAGAGACAGGUCGAAGCUUUUGCCAGCGGUUCUUGUAGUGGCUUUCCUAUGCGGCGUCUUUUACUACUUGGGCAAGUCGGGCGGUGCGCAGCCGGCUAGAGGUCGGGGAGCGAGAGCUGUAUCGAACGAAUUUCCGGAGCUUGAACAGACUGAUUCGGAUAGAAGCCGAGUGGAGCGAAUUUUUGAACCUUGUGGUGAUGAGUAUGUGGAUUACACGCCCUGUGAAGAUCCUAAGCGCUCUCUGCCGUUCCCUCGGGAACACCUCGAGUAUCGUGAGCGCCAUUGCCCAAGGCAGGACGAGCUCCUGCGUUGUCUCAUCCCUCCUCAGAAAGGGUACAAGAAAUGCGUGCCCUGGCCCGAAAGCCGGGGUUCUGUCUGGUAUAACAAUGUCCCCUUCCUCCACCUUACGAGAGAGAAAGCUAACCAGAAUUGGGUGAAGCAUGAUCCUGAAUCUGGACGCUUAACGUUCCCAGGAGGUGGAACCAUGUUUCCUAACGGCGCCAACGCGUAUAUUGAUGAGAUGGACAAGUACCUGAAGUUCGGCGAGGGUAAGAUAAGAACCGGACUAGAUGCAGGCUGUGGGGUUGCCAGUCUGGGGGCUUUUCUGCUCGAUCGCAAUGUGCUCACGGUGUCAUUCGCACCGAGGGACACUCACGUGGCACAGGUGCAGUUUGCGCUUGAACGCGGAGUACCUGCCAUCCUGGGGAUUCUGGCUACGAAGCGCCUGCCCUAUCCCUCCAACUCGUUCGAUUUUGCCCAUUGCAGCCGCUGUCUGAUCCCCUGGUACGAUCGCGAUGGCCUCUUCUUGAUUGAAAUCAACCGUCUGCUUCGCCCUGGCGGCUACUGGGUCCUCUCCGGUCCUCCUGUCAAUUGGCAGAAGCACGAGAAGGAAUGGCAUAAUGUUGAAGACGAUAUCCGCAAGGUGAUGUCAGACAUCGAGGCCAUCGCCGAAAAGCUUUGCUGGGAGUACAUCGCGAAGGGAGGGGAGGCUGGGGACUUCGCUAUCUGGCGCAAGCCGAAAGAUAGCAAGUGCUACACCCAGAGGGAAGAGGGUGCCACUCCCCCAGUUUGUGGGGAUGAUGACAAGCCCGAUUCCGCUUGGUACACUCCCAUGACAAGUUGUAUCACAGCGCUGCCCGAGCAAGAAGACCCAGCAUCGAUUGAUCUGAUUCCUCGUUGGCCCGAUCGCCUGAGCAAACCUAGCCCGCGGCUUUUGAAUCUUUUGGACAGCGAUAGCAGCAGGCCAGUGUACAGCGAAAGUGAUUUCGAGUUGGAUAAUGCCAAGUGGAAGAAGGCAGUGGACUUCUAUGCGAGCACUGCUCUUCCUGAGAUUGCGACCAAGAGAUUCAGAAACGUUCUGGAUAUGAACGCCGGCUUUGGUUCCUUUGCAGCGGCGCUCGAUGGCCAGGUCGGAUCUUCCGCGUGGGUUAUGAAUGCUGUGAUGUCCUCCGGGCCGAACACCCUUCCUUUUAUCUUUGACAGGGGACUGAUUGGAACCUAUCAGGAUUGGUGUGAGGCUUUCUCCAGUUACCCGCGGACGUACGAUCUCAUCCAUGCAGAUAGCAUCUUUACUCAUUAUUCCAGCAAGUGCGAUCCCGUCGACAUUCUUCUCGAGAUGGAUCGCCUUCUCCGACCCGAGGGGUCUGCCAUUAUCAGAGAUAGCAAAUCGAACAUGAAGAAGGUGGCGAGAGUCGUCAAGGGCAUGAGAUGGGACUGCAAGGGCUGGAAAACAGAGGACGAACUCAGUGGGGACAGGUUGCUCGUCUGCACAAAGAAGAACUGGGCUGAGCCAGUGGCUGCUGCUGCCCAGGCCAACAACGUCGAGUAGAUUCUACACACAGUCGAAUAUAGUAGAUUUUCAACCUACUGCGUUAAUUGUUUUUCGUUGAGGCGUUUUCGCUGAGGACCGCAGUCCUAGUCCUUCAAGGAGUGAGUCUGGAGAAGAAUGUCUAUUGUGCCCUCUCUGGCAGCGAUUGAGAAACAACUUUUCGGCGGCCUGCGAGGUCACACCUGCAAGGCCACUUUCCCUCCCUCCCCUCCCUCCCCUCCCUUCCCUCCCUCCCCUCCCUCCCUUUCUAGAAACCCUUGAGGAAGACCCAGGGUUGCAAUUACUGGUGGCAUGUCUUACAUGACUGGAAUGCAGAUUUCUUUCGUCAGUGGGUUGACGUGUAGCUUGUGGCGGGACAUCUCUUCACUGGCAUCCUCGUAGACAGCCGAUCGAGAGACGCUGUGGUCUCCGGCAUCAGUUAUCUGCCCUGCGAUUGAUGAUAGGGUGUAGCGUGGAGAGGCAGGGGAGAUAGGUGCAGCAGCCACUGUAAAGGUAGGGGAGAUAGCUGCAACAAGUUGUUGGAUUGCUGGUUCUCUGUCUUUCCAAUGGAUGAUCCUUCGAUCUGGUGCCACACCCAAGGUUCAUCUCACUGUUGAAAGUACGCGUCCUUGCUGUGCUGAGUGCUGCCUUCCUUUGCUCGUCGAUCCUUGAGGAAAGGGGCCUUCCUUUUCGUAAAUGCGACCCUCCUUUUCUGGCAAGGUUACGUUCAGUUAUUUUUUGCUGGGUGCUACACACACUCGCUCCCCCUUGCACAUGUUCAGGGAAGCAAAUCACCCAUCUUGGAUCGGAUGCGCAAUUGUUGUCACCCAGCAGGCGAUUGCAUGCAUAUGCGUGCCAAGCGGCAGAAACUUCUGGUGGUGCAUGUGGCGCUGUGCUUGUCGCUCUUGAGAGCUUGCGAAGGAGGUGGCACUGCCUUCUGCUUUCUGCUCUGGUGAUGGGGUAUGCAGUGCAAGAUGUGUGACUGUUGUUCCCCGUGCAUCAUUUCAAGAUCUCCUUGUUCGUCUGCAGGUUGUCCUGCCGGUCCAAGUGUGAUGACGACCACGUCGGACGUAGCAGUUAAUUAGUUCUACAGCUCUUCUCUGUUUCCAUGGCGGUCCCUUGUGAUGAUGACGGCGAACUGUUUUCCCUUGUGAUGAUGACCGGGCCACUUGUGAUGAUGACGGCGAAGCAGUUGGUUGUUUCUACGGCUCGUCUCUGUUUCGCUCAUUGUGAGACAAUUUUUGCAAGAAGGGAGGAAGGGAUCAGUGUAUUGGGAUGUUGUUGGUUUAGGCUGUAGUCUGCCACAAGGACAUGGUAUACUGCAACGUUUUCUUAUGACAAGAACGCACGCAAUGAUUGAUUGCGAGGGAGUACUCCUAAGACCCUGAGAUUCACUGAUUCCGAGGGUGAUCUUUUCAGAUAGGUAGUUCAGCUCCCCCCUCUCCCCCCCGCCCCCCCUCGCUUCUCUCUGUGCACGUGAGGGUAGGGUUUCAUGCCUCUCUCUCUCUCUCUCUCUCUCUCUCUCUCUCUCUCUCUCUCUCUCUCUCUCUCUCUCUCUCUCNCUCUCUCUCUCUCUCUCUCUCUCUCUCUCUCUCUCUCUCUCUCUCUCUCUCUCUCUCUCUCUCUCUCUCUCUCUCUCUCUCUCUCUGUGUGUGUAACUGUGCCUCUCUUUGCACGUGAGGGUAGGGUUUCUUUCCUCACUUCAAAGCAAAGAGAAUCUAGAUUAGUGAGAGCAGUUGGCGUAGACUGGCUUUUUCGGUUAAUCUGCACAUGCCAGUUGUGGUAUUCUAACGCAAGAUAGUACUACCAAGCUGUUUGCUUUGGUCAGAACAGUGUUUUUGUAACUGAGGCUUUAAGGUUAAGGAGAGAAGAAGCAAGAAGCUGACUUUAUUUGGUCUGUGCCUUCAGCCAGGAAGGACCAUCGUAAAAUGAACGGUGGUUGUUUUAAUAAUAACUGGCGACGUCAGCCAGUCAGCUUAGCUUAGUGAGGAAUGACAGGUGCCCGCCCGCACACCGGGCUGGGCACUCUCGCUUCUGAUCAUAUGGCUCUUGCUGCGCUAUUUUCAGCCAGCCGUCACUUUGUGUCGGGAAAGCAGCGCUCUGUUGUUUUAUGAUUUCAAUUCAUGUUU